AUGUCGUUCAAUACAGACAACAAGAGGGGUAGAGGUUUUAUUCACACGCGAUUUUGUCGAGGCGUGCUCAGGCAUAUGAUAACUGGAGACAAUCGCUGCUUCUCUCGCUCUGUCUCCCCACUAACAUAUUUACAAACGAUUAACAAAAUCCUUCGUCUGUUCCUCUACGUUGAUUUUCUUCUUUUCCUCUUCAUUCAAUUCUUUUCUUCUUUAUCUUCUUCGCCACGUUUAAUUUCUUCUUCUUCUUCUUCUUUUUCUUCUUCUUCUUCAUUCCUUUUGCUUCUUUAUAUUCCAUUGCUUCUUCUUUUUGUCUUUCUUUUUGUACUUUCUUUCUUCUUCUUUCAUUUUGUACUUCAUUUCUUUCUCUUCUUCUUCUUCUUUGUUUCUUUCCGUUCUCUUUUUCUUCAUUGUUUCUUUUUUCGCAUUUUCAUCUUUUUCUCUUUCGAUCUAUUUUCUUCUUCAUUCUGA